UCUCCGAGAGAGACCGCGAACACGGCGCACUCCCUUUAAACACGGUCUUAUGACUGAGAACCCGCUCAAUCAGCUGGCUAAGCAAGGAGCAGACAGGAGUAGCCUACAAAACACCGGGACAGGAGAGGUGAGAGGAACAUCGGCGCAAACAAGCUCUCUAGCGAUAGCGUACUUUUGUGGACAUCGGAUAUUUGGAGGCAACUGCCUGGAAUUGGAGCGGAAAACCGAAAUAAUUGUAGCCUUUCUCUGUACCCGUCUUCCGGUGACCCCAUCUCUGUGGACCCGCCCCCUCUGACAUCAUCAUCUCUAUAUAUUACCUUUGACCCUGCACCGCGAAGGCCAUGCGUCGCCUGUCGAUCACCUCACUGUUCGUCUGCUUCUGGUUGGUGGAGAGGGGUCAGUGUGACGCUAGCCUUCAGGACACCAUGGGAGAGCUGCACACAGAGUUCGCCGUCAGCCUCUACAAAGCGCUCAAAGAGACCGAGAACAACUCCAACCUGAUCGUGUCGCCGGUGAGCGUCUCGCUGUCCUUGGGACUUCUGCAGCUGGGCGCCCGUGGCAACACGCUGGCACAACUGGAGGCUUCACUGGGAUAUGACCUCAACGACAUGCAAGUGCAGGACUUCCUGUUGCGGUCGCAGGGGGACGUGGGUAACUCCAGUCAAGGGGUGCGGCUCCAGCAGGCAUGCGCCCUAUUCAUCCAGACUGGCGUCCAGAUCCUUCCUGCUUUUACCCAGCAUGCAGCAUCCCUGAGCAACAGCAGUCUGGUCCGAGCCAACUUCAGUCAGCCCAACCACACCCACAGCCAGCUGGAACAGUGGGGACGCAACCAUGGCACCGGUGAGCCGCUCCAGUCCGUUGGCAGCGGGGAGCUGUUUGGGUCUGGCGAGGCCCAGGGAGAGACCUCGUGGUGGGGCAAGCGGCUGCAGAUGGCCCUGGUCAACACAGUGAACUUCCGGGGAGUGUGGCAGAAACAGUUCCUCUUCACUGACACCCAGAACCUUCCCUUCACCCUGUCGGACGGCAGCACCAUCAAGGUGCCCAUGAUGUACCAGGCCACAGAGGUCAACUUUGGUCAGUUCCGCACCCUGUCAGACCAGCGCUACACGGUCUUGGAGCUGCCGUACCUGGGCCGCGUCCUCAGUCUUCUGGUGGCUCUGCCCAGUGACAGGAAGACACCUCUGUUCUCGCUGGAAUCCCAGAUAACCCCCCGCGCUGUGGCCACCUGGGACACUGGCCUCCGCAGAACCAAGAUGGAUGUUUUCCUCCCCAGGUUUAAAAUGCAGAACAAGUUCAACCUGAGGUCGGUUCUGCCGUCAAUGGGGGUCAGUGACGCCUUCAACCCAAUGGCAGCAGACUUCACUGGCAUCUCAGCGGAGGAGGGCCUGUACGUGUCCGAUGCCUUUCAUGAGGCCAGGAUAGAGGUAACAGAGGAUGGGACCAAGGCCGCUGCGGCCACAGCUAUGGUGCUACUCAAACGCUCCCGCGCUCCCGUCUUCAAAGCAGACCGACCUUUCUUCUUCCUCUUGCGACAAGUCAGCACAGGAUCUGUUCUAUUCAUGGGGCGUGUGGUGAAUCCAGCUGAACAGGCACCCUAGGACUCCCUUACCCCCUCCACCACCCUAGGACUCCCUUACCCCCUCCACCACCCUAGGACUCCCU